AUGGACAUCGAGGUCGCGGCGCCGGCUCGCGCGAUCGAGCCGCUCCUCGGCCCCGCGCUGCGCGACGUCCUGGAUGCCGAACCGAAGGCGCUCAGGCGCGCGCUCGCGUCGCGCGGCGACCCCGCGCGCGCGGACGACCACGAUCCGUCCUCGAAGCGCGCGACGCGCGCGCGAUCGCUCGCGACGUCCCUCGACGCCAUCGCGUCGCAUCUCUCCUCGUCCGCGUCGUCGUCGUCGGACGCCGACGCGCACGACCCGGUGAUCGACCCGCUGCUGGAGCGCGUCGUGCGCCCGGCGUCCGCCUGCGGCGACGGCGACGGCGGCGAUCCGUCCGACGCGAGCGCGAAGAAGCGCGCGGCGCUGCGCGUGAUCGCGUGGGCGCUCUCGCCGUCGCCCGAGCGCGUCGGCGACGCGCGCGUUCGCGCGCGACGCGUCGCCGGCGUGCUCGCCGCGCGAUGCGCGCCGGGCGAUCGUUCGGACAAGCGCGCGCGGCUCGCGGCGUGCCUCGCGCUGCGCCGCGCGGCGAUCGACCUCGACGACGUCGGCGCCGCGUUCGACGCGCGCUGCGACGUCGCGCUCGCGGCGACGGCGUGCGCGCGCGGCGCGCCGAGCGAAGGGCCGCCCACCCGGCUCGAGGCCGAGGCCGCGGACGCGUUCUUCGCCAUCACCGCGCGACUCGCGGUCGCGGCGGCGCGCGAGGAGGAAAAGGGAGGAGAGAAGGGAGAACGCGCUCGCGUUUGCGGCGGCGGCGGCGGCGGCGGCGACGGGCCGUCCUCGGCGGAGCGCCUGACGGCCGCGCUGCCGCGUCUGCUGCUCGUGACGCGAACGGUCAGGGAGUGGUGGCCGGCGUCGCACCGCGCGCCGCGCCUCGCGACGAGGGAGAUCAUCAAACGUCUGGAGUCGCUGUCGGCGACGAGCGACGACGACGGGACGCGAGAGGACAGGGCGACGUACUUGGCCGCCGCGUGGAAGGACUUCGCGCCCGCGCUCGCGAUCGGCGGCGGCCUCGGCGUCAUCGCCGGCGACGACGCCGCCGACGCCGACCCCGCGGCGAGCGUCGCGCGGUGGCUCGACGCAGCCGCCGCCGCGACCGCCGCCGCGACCGCCGCGACCGCGGGGGGCGCCGCCGACGCCGCGACGACGGACGCCGUCGUGCGCGCGUUCGCGUCGCUCGCGUUGCUCCUCGGGCGGUUGGGCCUAGCCGCGGAGACUGAUGAAGACGGACGACCGUCGAGCGACGCCGCGAAGGACGCGGCGGCGGUCCUGCGCGACCGCGCGUCCGCGGCGCUGCUCCCCGCGCUGAAGAUGCGCUCCGAGCCCGCGCAGGAGCUCGCCGCGGCGUCGCUUCGCGCGGCGUUGUCCGCCGACGGCGCCGCGGAAAAAGCCGCGCUGCUCGACGGGCUGUUGCCUCUGAUGGACGACGACUCCGACGUCGCCGCGACGAUGGAGCCGAGCGUGGGCGCGGGGCUCGCGUCGACGACGGCGUGGCUCGUCGCGAGCGAACCCGGCGGCGGCGUCGGCGUGCGGCGCGGGAUGGGGACGGUGCUCGCCGCGUGCGGCGCGACGGCGGCGCUCGGGACGCGUCGCAACGCGCUUCGCGUCCUCGCGGAGACGCUCCGGCUCGCGACCCCGCCCGCCGCGCGACCGGCGGAGACCGAGGCGAUCGUCAGCGCGCUGGCCGCGGCGGUCGGGGACGCGGACGCGUGCGCUCGCGCGCUCGCGGCGGACGCGCUCGCGGCGAUCCCGCUGAGCGCGUCGUUGCCGCCGCUUCUUCGCGCGGACGCGGAGGACGCCGCGGCGGUCGCGAUGUCGUCGAGCGCGCGCGCGAGCGGCGGAUCCGCGGGACCCGCGCGCGCGCUGGAAUCCCUCCUCCGCGCGAUCGCCCCUCCGCGCGACGAGGAGGAGACAGAAGACGACGACGACGACGGGCCGGCGGCCGCGAUCGAGGCGCGCGCGAUCGCCCUGCUUCCGCGGUGGGCGGUCACGGUGCCGACCGACGCGUGGCGCGCCGUCGCCGACGUCCUCGCGGCGACGUCGCUCGCGCGGCCCGGCGCGGCGGCUUUCGUGCGCGCGACGUCCGCGCUGUCGCCGUGGACGGGCGAGCCUCCCGCGUGCCGCGCGUUCUUCGUCGCCGCGAGAGGGGCGAUGCGAGCGCACGACGAAUCGCGUCGCGUCGACGCGAGCGGCGCGUCGGCGCCGGCGUCGGUGUUCGAACGCCUCGCGCCGCUCCUGUUGCUGCGAGCGCCGUCGCCGCGCGCGUGGGACGACGACGACCGCGCGCGCGGCGACGGCGACGACGACGGCGACGGCGACGCGCGCGCGCUCGCGGACGCGCUCCUGAAGAUCGCGCUCGCGACCGGCGUCGAGCACGACGACGUGCGUCGCGUCGCCGCGGAGCUCCACGGCCGCGCCGCGCCGAGGGUCGCGUCCGUCGCGCGAUCCGACGCGUUGCGCGAGGCGCUGCGCGACGCCGACGCCGACGCCGACGCCGACGCCGAUUCCCAGUCCGCGUCCGCGUCCGCGUCCGCCGCCGACCGCGACGCCGCGUUAGCGCGCGCGCGCGCGUGCAUGUUCGCGUCGUGCGCCGCGUUGUCCGCGCGAGGGCUCGGCGCGAUCCAGGACGGCGGCGUGGACGAUCUCCGCGCCGCGGCGGCGGCGGCGACGCGGCGACUCGGCGACGACGACGAGAGCGCGAAGACGCGGACGGGCGCGGCGGAGACCCUCGCGGCGUUGACGCGCGCGGAGCUCGCCGCGAAGACGCGCGGGCGCGAGCGAGGGAGCGAGACGUUGCGCGGCGUGUUGGCCGUGAUGCGACGCGACGCGGACGCCCCGGCGUGGGUGGCGUCGAGCGCGAGCGCGAGAGCGGCGCGCGCGCGACUCGCGCUCGCGAACGUUCUCGUCGUCGUCGCGCGCGCGCCGCCGUCGGAUCCCGACGCGGCGGCGGCGUUCGUGCGUUUGACGUUGCCGUCGUUAGCGUCCGCCGCGGUGGGCGGCGGCGAUAACGUCGACGACGCCGAGGAGGUCGACGCGUGCCGCGCGGCCGCGUUCCAGGCGGCGAUGGUGAUCGUCGCGAGCGCGGCGACGGCGACGACGACGACGGCGGCGGCGACGGCGGCGGCGCGAGACGCGGUGGCGGAGCACGCGAAGACGGUCGCCGUCGCGGCGUCGCGCGCUUUAUCGAGCGGCGACGGCGGCGAGCACGGCCCGCGUUCGCGACUGGCGGCCGCGAAACUCGCGACGGCGCUUCUCGCGAGCGACGAGGACGCGCUCAGGGCGUUGGGGGAGUCGCUGGCGACGCUGAGAGGCGCGCUCGCGGUCGCGGCGGGGACUUCGGAUUCGAAAGAGCUCGCCUCCGCGACGGCCGCCAUCGACGCCUCGAGCGCGACGAUCGCCCCGGCGCCGCGCUCCCACGCCGUCAGCGCGUCCGCGAAUCGCUUCGCGCGCGCCGCGGAGGCGUACUUGAGCGCGAAAUCGAGCGCGUCCGACGGCGGCGUUUUCAACGCGCGCCACGCGCGCUCGAGCCGCAGUCGCAUCGAGUCGGCCGCGUCUUCCGAGGCGCGCAGCGGCGGCAGGCGACACGUCGCGUCCUCAUCCUCGCUGUCGUCCUCGCUUUCGUCCUCGCUGUCGUCCUCCUCGUCCUCCUCCUCGUCCUCCUCCUCGUCCUCCUCCUCCUCGGAGUCGGAGACGUCCUCGUCGGCGGCGGGCUCGCCGGCGUCGACGACCGCCGCCGCGACGGCAGGCUCGAGCGUUCGCCCCUCGCCGCGCGUCGACGCGGUCGACGGUCUCGCCGCGACGCGACGCGGGUCCGACGCGCGAGCUGUCGAGGAGGACGAGGGUUCUGGAGCGAGGAGCGAGUCGCUCUCGGCGUCGUCGCGAGGCGCGCGCGCGGAGUCGUCGUCCGCGUCGGAAACCGCCGCCGCCGCCGCCGCCGACGACGCCGCCGCCGCCGACGACGACGGCGGCGGCGGCGGUCGUCUCGAUCGGUACCGCUCCACCGCGUCCGCGACCGCGGCGAUGUUACGCUCGCGCCGCGCCGCCACGACUUCCGAGGGCGCGUUCAGCGCGAGGAUCCUCGUCGCUUCCCUCUCCGCCGCCGCCGCCGCCGCCGCCGCCGCCGCGUCGUCGUCGUCGCCGUCGCCGUCGCCGUCGCCGCCGCCGGCGUCGUCGUUUUCGUCCAUCGCGGUCCUUCCCGCCGCGGCGUCGCUCGAGAGCGCGCGCGCGAGUCUCUCCUCCACGGUGACCUCCGCGUUGUCGUCGACGCCUCCGCCGCCGUCGCUCGCGAUCGCGCCGUCGCGCGCGGGCGAGAUCGUCGCUCGCGUCGCUCGACGAAAGCGGCCGCGACGUUUGACGUCCCGAGCACGUCUCGCGAGCUCGACGCGAUACGUCGCGAACGCGCGCGUCGCGUUCGUCUCCGCGUCGAAGACGCCGACGGCGUCGAGUUUCGCCGCGCGCGCGGCGCGGCGUCGUUCGAGCGCGGCGAUAUCGCGCUCGGACACCGAGUGA